AUGAUUCUGAAGUCUAUAUUUAUUUUAGUGUUCUGUUAUAUUGGGCAAGCGCAGGGAUAUGUGUACUUUCAAAAUAGUGGCCCCACCGUCCUCGGCGCAAAUGUGACGUUCGUAGCGACCAUCAGAGAGGUCUACACUGACGAACAUUUUAAGUAUUUGUUUUACAAUGAGGAGUUGAACUUCUACAAAGAGAUAUUUACUACAGAGAAACAAGUGAAUUUCACAGUAGCGUUUAACAAGGACGAAGUUAAAGCAGGUCAAUACAUUUUUGGAGUAACGGUCAGGAGAAGAAGCCCAGUGGGGAUUUACAAUUUGCAUUAUGGUGUAGAUCGCUGCACUGUCAUUUUAACAGAUUUAUUAAAUGGCAAACUAAGGCUGUCUCAGGACGGAAUCGACAAGACAGAUGGCGUUUUAAUCGCCAAUAAACUCGUGAACCAUACCCUCGAAAUACCGGAAAGAGAACUACAAUUUAUAACUCAAAAUCAUCCAUAUGUUGUCAUUUGGUACAUAAAUUGUACAGUACUAGCUUUCACACGGAAAUUCUCACUAACAAACACGUAUAAUAAUGUGAACGAUGCUUAUAAUUUGGAAGUACUAGUUGCUGUUGAGGAUGAGGUACAAACCACUACGACUACAACAACAACAACAACAACCACCACGACGACAACAACAACAACAACUCCUGCACCAACUAAAGCUGCGGAUCCAGUAUGCCUCAACUGCGGAACAGUAGCCUCACCAAUUCUUGAAACUGUUUAUGACAGCAAUAAAUCGAAUUAUAAAAUAACAGAAGGAAUGGAAGUGAAAGGAAGGUUAUUAAAUUUUAAGUGUACACCAAUUGCUGAAGGUUACACGUACGGAUAUUAUAAUCAAACUUUCCGCGUAAGAAGGGAAGCCUCGAGUAUAUCAACGAAUUCGUCUGAGAGAUCGUGGCCAACCUCAACUACCAAUAUCUCAAGAUCUUGGGACAGUUCUGCCACCUCAAGCAAAAAUAUUACAGAAUCCAAAUUCAACAGUACAACAUCACCAUCGACUACAGAACCAUAUUGGAACACUACAGCAAUUCAAAAUCCAACAGCUGGACCACUUGGUCCUUCGAGUAAUUCAUCAUCUUCAUCUUAUAACGGUUCAACUUCUUCUACCAUAUUUAUGGACACACAGACAGUAAAGCCUCAUUUAAAAGUAGUUAUGAAUAUGCUGUUUCAUGGUACUUAUGAUGUUGAGGUCUCUGAAAUACAACAAAAUUAA